AUGGCGACGUGGAGGCGGGACGUGCGGCUGACCGGCAGCCAGCGGCUGCUGUGCGCCGGCCUGGCGGGCGCGCUCAGCCUCAGCCUCACCGCGCCCCUGGAGCUCGCUAGCGUGCUGGCCCAGGUCGGCGUGGCGCGAGGCCGCGCCCGGGGGCCGUGGGCCACAGGGCGCUGGGUGUGGCGGGCCGAGGGGCCCCGGGCCCUGUGGAAGGGGAACGCGGUGGCGUGCCUGCGCCUCUUCCCCUGCAGCGCCGUGCAGCUCGCUGCCUACCGCAAGUUUGUCGUGCUGUUCACGGAUGAUCUAGGCCGUAUUUCCCAGUGGAGUUCCAUCAUGGCUGGGAGUCUCGCAGGCAUGGUUUCCACCAUUGUGACAUAUCCUACAGACCUCAUCAAAACCCGGUUGAUGGUUCAGAAUAUCCUGGAACCAUCUUACAGGGGGCUCCUCCAUGCUUUUUCUACUAUUUAUCAACAGGAAGGGUUCCUGGCCUUUUAUCGAGGGGUUUCCCUCACUGUCUUAGGUGCUCUUCCGUUCUCUGCUGGUUCCCUUCUGGUCUACAUGAACCUGGAGAAAAUCUGGAAUGGACCCCGCGAUCGGUUCUCUGUCCUGCAGAACUUUGCCAAUGUCUGCCUGGCUGCGGUGGUCACACAGACCAUCUCCUUUCCCUUUGACACCGUCAAGAGAAAGAUGCAGGCUCAAAGCCCCUGUCUUCCCCACUAUGGAGGAGUAGAUGUCCAUUUCUCAGGAGCAGUGGACUGCUUCCGGCAGAUAGUGAAGACUCAAGGGGUCCUGGGGCUCUGGAAUGGACUGACAGCCAACUUGCUGAAGAUAGUUCCAUAUUUUGGAGUUAUGUUUAGCACCUUUGAGUUCUGCAAGAGAAUCUGUCUUUACCAAAAUGGUUACACUGUGUCUCCUCUGAGCUAUAAAUUGACCCCAGGGGUGGACCAGAGUUUGAAGCCCCAAGAAUUACGAGAAUUAAAGAAGUUCUUCAAAACUGGAAACCUGAAGUCAAAGAAACCAACUCUGUAAAAACGGAAGGGACCUAAAGUACACUGACUGAAGCAUGUUGCAGUCACAGAUAAAUAUGCCUCUAGCUGUACACAUGAGGAGUGGUUGAGAGGGUGCUCCUGUGUGCUGCUCUAGGAGAUGAGACAGUCUCGCUGUAGGCCACCUCAGAGCUCCAAAGUGAUAUCCCUGUGAACAGCUGCACCAUGAGGCGACUUCCUACCACUACGGUGUCAUGAUGGCAUCCCACCAUAUUUUAUAACCAAAGUCUAACAGUAACAAGAUGAACAAAAACAUGGCACCAAAGAAAGGGCAUUGCUGGAACACCUCCACAUGUAGUGGAAGUGACAUUGUGAGCUCAGCCACUGGGCCACUCACAGUUGAGGCAAAGCUUACGCCAUCCAGCACUGACCCAGUUGCACUGUUGACCUGAGGGGUCCCAGUACAUUCGUUCGUGAACUCCUAACUUUUACUGACCUGCGAGUGUAACACGCCACAGUAUAGAUAACGCCUCAUCAGAAACUAAAUGAAAACAUUUAACAUUUUUUAAAAGAUGUAUUUAUUUAUUUGAAAGUCAGAGUUACACAGAGAAAGAGGAGAGGCAGAAAGAGAGAGAGGUCUUCCAUCUGAUAGUUCACUCCCAAAUUGGCCGCAAUGGCCGGAGUUGCACUGAUCUGAAGCCAGGA